AUGUCCUGCCAACGUCAUGUACACGUACAUUUUGGCUCCGUCUUGUCGGCUACAGAUCCCCGACUAAAGCCACGCCUAUAUGUACAUGCAGAGGACCGAAAAUUUUUCUUUCUUCCAAAACAAGAUAAUUUCCUUCUUGUUAACUUUUUCUUUGCUUCUUUCUUUCUAAACUUGUCCUUCCUAAAAUCGUUCUUUCUUUCUUUCUUUCUUUCUUUCUUUCUUUCUUUCUUUCUUUCUUUCAAAACACGUUCUGUCUUUCUAAGCUUUCUUUUUUUCACCUGCAAGAUCCUUCCGACAUUUAAACCAUAUCAACUAUCUGUGCAUAUCUAUCUAUCUAUCUAUCUAUCUAUCUAUCUAUCUAUCUGUCGGUCAGUCUGUCUGUCUAUCUAUCUAUCUAUCUAUCUAUCUAUCUGUCUGACUUAUGUUCAUAUCUCUGUCUCUGUCUCUCUCUCUCUCUCUCUAACUCUGUUCAUAUCUAUCUAUCUAUCUAUCUAUCUAUCUAUCUAUCUGAGUCUGUUCAUAUCUCUCUCUCUCGUUCUCUCUCUCACUCACACACACACACACUCUCUCUCUCUCUCUAUAUAUAUAUAUAUAACUGUUCAUAUCUAUCUAUCUAUCUAUCUAUCUAUCUAUCUAUCUAUCUAUCUGAGUCUUCUGUUCAUAUCUAUCUAUCUAUCUAUCUAUCUAUCUAUCUAUCUAUCUGAGUCUGUUCAUAUCUAUCUAUCUAUCUAUCUAUCUAUCUAUCUAUCUAUCUAUCUAUCUAUGUUCAUAUAA